AUGUCAGACACGGCCAUGGACACCAGCUCUGAGAUCACCACUAAGGACUUGAAGGAGAAGAAGGAAGUUGUGAAGGAGGCAGAGAAUGGAAGAGACUCACCAGCCAAUGGGAAUUAUAAUGAGGAAAAUGGGGAGCAGGAGGCUGACAAUGAGGUAGAUGAAGAAGAGGAAGAAGGUGGGGAGGAAGAGGAGGAGGAGGAAGGUGACAGUGAGGAAGAUGAUGGAGAUGAAGUUGAAGCUGAGGCUCCUACGGGCAAGCGGGUAGCUAAAGAUGAUGAGGAUGAUGACGUUGACACCAAGAAGCAGAAGACUGAUGAGGAUGACUAGACAGCAGAAAGGAAAAGCUAAACUUAAGGCCACUGUGACCUAUUCACCCUCCACUUCCUGUCUCAGAAUUUAAACAUGGUCACCUUCGAGUAGAGGAGCAGGCCCCGCCCACCCAUAGCAGGCAGUACCACCCACAGUUGACAUGCGCUCUCUGCCACCCCACGAAAACCACAACAUGAAUUUGCAACAGGGGAGGAAAGAAAACCAAAACUUCCAAGGCCCUGCUUUUUUUCUUAAAAAUACUUUAAAAGGAAAAUUUGUUUGUAUUUUU